UCGAAGAGGGUGUUCAAGGAUGCAACUAUUUUAUCGAUUUUUAUGGUUUUCAAUAAUAAAUUCUUUUGUGAACAACACAUUCGCAAAGCAUGUACUUUUGUUAUGAACUCUUCCACUCCAACUUCAUCGUCACCGAAUAAAAGGCUCGACCAGCACAUGCGUGGCGUGGGGAAGGUGUUCCGUCGUUAAUAUUACAUGGGGCACCCCCAAUCCGUUCCGACGGGUGUCAGGCUGGGGAGUAGCUGAGGGGAUUGAUAAGCUCUCACACCACCUCUAUAUAUUCAUGGAGGUCAAGCCGGAGACAAAGCCCGCGGGAGAGGCCCACGGCAUCCGGGGAAUGGAACCAUCCCGCCCGCCAUCAAGAUCGAGACGCAUCAAGGAUAGAGCGACAGCGAUCGAAGACGACGACAUGCUCCAGGCAUUUGCCAUCGUCGCGGCCUGGAAUCGCGACGCCCGUACAAAGAAGAAAAGCGUGGACAAGAAGAAAAGCGCGGACAAGAAGAAAAGCGUGGACAAGAAGAAAAGCGUGGACAAGGAGAAAAGCGUGGACAAGGAGAAAAGCGUGGACAAGGAGAAAAGCGUGGACAAGGAGAAAAGCGUGGACAAGGAGAAAAGCGUGGACAAGGAGAAAAGCGUGGACAAGGAGAAAAGCGUGGACAAGGAGAAAAGCGUGGACAAGGAGAAAAGCGUGGACAAGAAGAAAAGCGUGGACAAGGAGAAAAGCGUGGACAAGGAGAAUAGCGUGGACAAGGAGAAAAGCGUGGACAAGGAGAAAAGCGUGGACAAGGAGAAAAGCGUGGACAAGGAGAAAAGCGUGGACAAGAAGAAAAGCGUGGACGAGAAGAAAAGCGUGGACAAGGAGAAAAGCGUGGACAAGGAGAAAAGCGUGGACAAGGAGAAAAGCGUGGACAAGGAGAAAAGCGUGGACAAGGAGAAAAGCGUGGACAAGGAGAAAAGCGUGGACAAGGAGAAAAGCGUGGACAAGGAGAAAAGCGUGGACAAGGAGAAACGCGUGGACAAGGAGAAACGCGUGGACAAGGAGAAACGCGUGGACAAGGAGAAAAGCGUGGACAAGGAGAAAAGCGUGGACAAGGAGAAUAGCGUGGACAAGGAGAAAAGCGUGGACAAGGAGAAAAGCGUGGACAAGGAGAAAAGCGUGGACAAGGAGAAAAGCGUGGACAAGGAGAAAAGCGUGGACAAGGAGAAAAGCGUGGACAAGGAGAAAAGCGUGGACAAGGAGAAAAGCGUGGACAAGGAGAAAAGCGUGGACAAGGAGAAAAGCGUGGACAAGAAGAAAAACGUGGACAAGAAGAAAAACGUGGACAAGAAGAAAAGCGUGGACAAGGAGAAAAGCGUGGACAAGGAGAAAAGCGUGGACAAGAAGAAAAACGUGGACAAGAAGAAAAGCGUGGACAAGGAGAAAAGCGUGGACAAGGAGAAAAGCGUGGACAAGGAGAAAAGCGUGGACAAGGAGAAAAGCGUGGACAAGGAGAAAAGCGUGGACAAGAAGAAAAGCGUGGACAAGAAGAAAAGCGUGGACAAGGAGAAAAGCGUGGACAAGGAGAAAAGCGUGGACAAGGAGAAAAGCGUGGACAAGAAGAAAAGCGUGGACAAGGAGAAAAGCGUGGACAAGGAGAAUAGCGUGGACAAGGAGAAAAGCGUGGACAAGGAGAAAAGCGUGGACAAGGAGGAAAGCGUGGACAAGGAGAAAAGCGUGGACAAGAAGAAAAGCGUGGACGAGAAGAAAAGCGUGGACAAGGAGAAAAGCGUGGACAAGGAGAAUAGCGUGGACAAGGAGAAUAGCGUGGACAAGGAGAAAAGCGUGGGCAAGGAGAAAAGCGUGGACAAGGAGGAAAGCGUGGACAAGGAGAAAAGCGUGGACAAGAAGAAAAGCGUGGACGAGAAGAAAAGCGUGGACAAGGAGAAAAGCGUGGACAAGGAGAAUAGCGUGGACAAGGAGAAUAGCGUGGACAAGGAGAAAAGCGUGGGCAAGGAGAAAAGCGUGGACAAGGAGAAAAGCGUGGUCAAGGAGAAAAGCGUGGACGAGGACGCGGCAUAUGAUGCGUCGAUGCUGCGCUCUUCGACUGAUGCUAGACAGGACCGACAUGCGUACUGGUGGACCCAGGACAUUGCAGAUCUACGGGCGACGUGCAUUCGGGCCCGCAGGCGGCUCCAGAAAGCCCGCCGUCGGCGGCAUCAUGACGAGGAAGAGAUCUCCCUCUGCUACGAGACAUACAAGGGGACGCAAUACUUCUUAAAGCGGGCGAUCAAGAGCGCUAAAGCCCGACCCCGGAUAAGCUUCGACUUCUCCCAACAAUUCCGACUCGUGCAUGUGUGA